ACAAAACCCCGAGCCGCCAGCAGCACAACAAUAGCCCCCGCAUCCCGAGCCGCAGAUAGCGGAGCACCGCACACCGACGACCGGGAACGGAGAGAAGGCUCUGCGGCCACUGGCAGCCGGGACCCCCCAUUAUUACUAUUACCCCGUCACUGGUGGCUCCACGUCCUGCUCCCACAUCAGCUCUCUUAUAUGUGUUAUUCCCCCACCUCCCCCUGCCCGCUCCCUCCUCCCGCACUCCCCUCCUCCCACCACCCUCAGCAGCAACUUAAAGAAAGAAGAAGAGGAGAGAGAGGAGCAUCUGCCGCCCGAUCCUUCAGCUGGGGGGGAUCUCAGCCCAGUUCCCCGACCGAGAAGCGCUGAGAGCGGGGAGAAGGAGGAGGAAGAGGAGGGAGAGAGCUGGAUCCUGUGUAACUGGGCUCAGUGUGGCCAUGGACAGGCUGUCAGGACUCUUAUAUUAAUACUAAUACCAUAUGAUGAUGAUGAUGCAGGCUGUGCAGUGAGUGCGGGAUAUACGGAGGAGAGACACCUUGUGCAGCAGCAGCAGCCGCACCCCCCCGCACCCUGUGCUGCUGACACGCCGCAUACCUGCUGUACAUCAGUAGCCUGUCACAGGCAGGUGGCUGGCUGGCGAGCCGCAUCCUACACCAGAGACAUUAUCACACUGCCUCGGAGAUGCUACUAGACGCCGGCCCGCAGUUCCCUGCCCUGGGUGUGGGCUCCUUUGCCCGACACCACCAUCACCACCACCACCAUCACGCCGCAGUGGCAGCGGCCGCGGCCGCCGCCGCAGAGAUGCAGGAGCGGGAGUUGAGCCUGGCGCAGAACAGCUUCGUGGAGCCGGCGCACAUGGGCGCGUUCAAGAUCAAUCCGGGAGGUGGCUCCGGAGGAGGCAGCGGGGGAAACAGCGGGGGUGGAGGCGGCUCAGCCGGGGGAGCAGGAGGUAGCGGACCCCAUGACCUGUCGCCCCCGGGUCAGAGCUCUGCCUUCACCUCCCAGGCCGGCUACGCCGCAUCCCUGGCUCCGCACGCAGCCUACACCGGCGCAGCAUUCAACAGCCCGCGGGACUUCCUAUUCCGCGGCCGCGGCUUCGCAGAGGGGUCCGGAGGCGCAGGCGGGGGCCAGCAUGGCUUGUUCGGGCCCCCAGCAGGCAGCCUCCACCACCACCCCCACCAUCACCAGCUCCCGCAUGCGGAGCACCCGCAAAGCCACCUACUCUUCCCCGGGAUCCAUGAGCAGCACGCAGCGGCGUCACAGAACGCCCUGGGCAGCCAGAUGAGGCUGGGACUGCCCGGAGAGGUGUUCGGCAGGACAGAGCAGUACCGGCAGGUGGCCAGUCCCAGAGGAGACCCCUAUGCUGCUGCCCAGCUGCACAACCAGUAUGGCCCAAUGAACAUGGGAAUGAAUAUGGCAGCCCACCACCAUCACCACCACCACCACCCGGGGGCCUUCUUCAGGUACAUGAGACAGCAAUGCAUCAAGCAGGAGCUCAUCUGCAAGUGGAUCGACCCCGAGCAGCUCAGCAAUCCCAAGAAAAGCUGCAAUAAGACUUUUAGCACCAUGCAUGAGCUGGUAACACAUGUGUCUGUGGAGCACGUCGGGGGGCCCGAGCAGAGCAACCACAUCUGCUUCUGGGAGGAAUGUGCCAGGGAGGGAAAGCCAUUCAAAGCCAAAUACAAACUGGUCAACCACAUCCGAGUGCACACGGGGGAGAAGCCCUUCCCCUGUCCCUUCCCCGGCUGCGGCAAGGUCUUUGCCCGCUCAGAGAACCUUAAAAUCCACAAAAGAACUCAUACAGGAGAGAAGCCGUUCCAGUGUGAAUUUGAAGGCUGCGACAGAAGGUUCGCGAAUAGCAGCGACAGAAAGAAGCACAUGCAUGUCCACACUUCAGACAAACCCUAUUUGUGUAAGAUGUGCGACAAGUCCUAUACCCACCCCAGCUCUCUGAGGAAACACAUGAAGGUGCAUGAGUCUUCUCCUCAGGGCUCAGAAUCGUCCCCAGCUGCCAGUUCUGGCUAUGAAUCUGCCACCCCACCAGGCCUGGUGUCCCCGAACACUGAAACACAGAGCACCAACAUGUCCCCAGCGGCAGCAGCAGUGUCCGCUGUGCACAGUGUAACCAGCGGGGCUGGGGGGCCACUCUCAUCAAACUUCAAUGAAUGGUAUGUGUAGGUACCAUGCCCUACUUAUGUGGGUCACUUUUUGGAGGCCCCUAUUCACAAACUAGAGUGCUCCUAACACGGACAAGUGGACACUCCUGAGGAGGACGCUCAUCCAGGAUAACAAUCCGAAAACUAAAGCAUGAAGAGAGAGUACCUAACAGAAUCUAUUUAUUCCCCCCCUCCCCCCAUCCUUUUACCCCAAAGAAGAAUUGAUUUUACCCUGCAGCCCCUCUGCUUAAAAUAAUCCCCCAGCUCAUUGUAUAUAGCUGACUCCUCCUGACAGAGGUGAAAAUGACGUUUUAAGCGAUUCUUCACAUAUAUAUAAGUUUUAUCCGGGUGUAGAUACGUCUUUACAAGUGAUGGACUUUCUCUUGAUUCAUUUAAAAAGGAAGGUGAAAGAGUUGGGGUUUUUUUAUUAUCGUAUAUUUUAUUUUUAUUUUUGUAACGUGCUGUUGGUAUAUUGUCUUUUUGUUUCUUUUUUCCUUUUUUUUUCUUUUUCUUUUUUUAUAAAGGAAACAUGAUUGUAAAUUUACAUGCAGUUGGGCUGGGAAAUAAUAAAAAUCCGUGCCAAAGUCUACUCUUUUUCAAGUUACACCAGGCAGUCAUUUUUACACAGGCUUGUGAAUGUAAUUUUAUGUUUCACGUGAUGUUGUUUGUGCUUUUUUCCAAGUUCAAUUUGUUGGUUACUGUAUGAAAGACUGCGGGGAAGGGGAGAUUAAACGUUGUGACGUCCUGCAUUGUUCCCCAUAAUUAGCUGCCUUGCUUCUCUCUGUAAAUACUCCUUACAUAUUUAUCCAUUUGUAAUUAAAUUAUGGUAUUAACUUGCUACAGAGGAACACUAUUUAUAAAGAAUGUUUCUUAAUUAUAAAUAUGUACAAUUGUGAGCAUAAAUUGUUUUCAGAUUUUUUUCCCCUAUUUAAAGUGGUUUCAUAAUUUCUGUGACCUGUUUUGAGAGUAAUGCAUACAGACCUAUAAUAAAUUGUGUUGAAACUG